UGCCCUUAGUGGCCCCAUGGAUAAGGGGAGAGUCGGAGAGAUACAAGUCUCGGGUCGUUGCUUCUCGGCGUAGUGGGCACCGAUCGAUCUCGUCUCCUCCCGAGGCGGCGUGGGCGUGGCGAUCGAGGCGAGCCGUUGCAUCCGCCCUCACCGGUUAGAUCCGUCCUCGCUAACCCAACGCCGACGAGAAGUUUGCAGUGCUCUAGUAUGUGAAACGGAUCGAUUUCCAUUUGAGCAGCAGCAACUGCUGCUGCUUUGUUUUGGUUGAUAUGGGCAUGGACAUGCUUGUCUCGGCAGCAUUGGAGGAGGUGUGCGCCCGCCUUUCGCUUGGUCUCCCAGUAACUGAGAUGUGGACAGCACUCUCCAGCGUGUUCAACAUGGCCGGCCUCCCAAUGGACCUGGCCGUCAAGCGUGUCCUCUUUGCCCGUCUCAUUGCACUCCCUGUCAUCAGCCUCGUGGUUGAGGGGGUGCUCGCCCACCCGCCACGGAUGGACAUGGAGGAGGCUGAGCGAUAUGGCGCACGACUGCUUGCGAGCCGUCCUCUCAGGGACAACUUCCUUGGGAUUUAUGACCACAGGUGCUCUGCUUCCAAGCUGAGUGACAUCCAGAGGAAGACGUUAGAAUUGAUCGGGGCAAGCAGGACUUCUGGUCUCACACAACGCAGUCUAAGCAAAGAGGCCGAGAUAAAAGGAAACAACUUCCAUUAUGUUGUGAAGACACUUAAGUCGCAAGGGUUAAUUGUUGGAAAACAAGCAAUUGCAAAGAUUAAUACCCAAGCUAAAAGGAAAGCUGUUUCACAGGAUAAACAUGUCAUCAGCACAAACUCAUUAUAUCUCUCAAGAUAUGCGAAAAACUUGAAUAUGAACUCAUACCAAAGAAUUGAGAUUACAAAGCCCAAACUUGAGUGCAAUGAAGAAACUAACAUAGAUGCCUUACAAGAAGAUGAGACUCUUAGUGUUGAUUACAAGAACGAUGUGUCCAUUCAUGAUUAUCUUCCAGCAAUGAAAGCCAUAUGCGACAAACUUGAAGAAGCUAGUGGAAAGGUUCUUGCUGUAUCAGAUAUAAAAAAGGAUCUCAGUUACAGGAUGCAACCUGGGCACAGAGCAUGGAGAAAUGUACUGCAUAGGCUUUUAGGUGCACAACUCGUUGAAAAAAUCGCUGCCAACCUUGAUGAUAAGAUUGUUCACUGCUUACGUCUUCUGAAGAGAUUUAAUCCAGAUGAGUUUAAGCCAAAAGGUACAAUCUCAAACUACAAACUUGGCAAGAAAGGCCUGGAAACUGAUCAAGUCAUGGAGCUUCCAUUAGACAACUGUAUAUAUGAUAUGAUCGAUGCUCAAGGGCCAAAAGGCAUAACCCUUAUUGAGCUUGGCAAACGUCUUGGGGGAAAGUACAACAAUUCGAAAGAGCUCCAUGAUCGAGUAUCAUCUAUGCAUGAUAGAUUCAAUCUGACUGUGGAGGUUGAAGUCGUUGGCAAAAGUAAACAGGGCAGAGUUUGGACUUCAAAAAAUUUUUCGCUGUACAAUGCUACUCUGCGAAAUUGUGAUGUGCCAGAUGAUCAUGACUAUUGUUCAGUAUGGCCUCUCAUUCCUUCUGAAGAACCGACUUCUGUUAGCCCAUAUGGUUUUGUGGUUAAUAACAAACUCUUGUUUGAAGAAGAUUGUCAUGAUGAACCACCCGUACAUCGUCUCCUGAAUAGCCAUGAAGCUUGUGUUGGAGUUUCUCAACCAGUUGAACAAGAUAAAGUUGCCUUUCAGAGGAAGAGGCAUUGCUGGCCCACGUCAAUUUCUGAUGAUCGAAGACAGAAAAGGAUUAUUCACAUAUUAAAGAAACAUAGUUUUGUACUGAUGGUGGAGUUGCAUAAAUGGUUAGAGAGAGUUGAAAAGGAAAAUCGGAAAAUAUUUGACAGGAAGACAUUGAUUCACACUUUGGAUAAGCUUCAGCAAGAGGGUACUUGUAAGUGUAUUAAAGUUAAUGUCCCUGUGGUUACAAACUACGCUGGCAGCCGUUCCAUAUUGAUGUAAUACUGAAUUCUUCUGUUAAAGUCAUGUCACCGGAACUCAUGGAUCAAAUUAGGAACAGACUAAGAAAUUUUGAUUCUCAAAGUCGUUCAGGUGCAGCAGCUAAACUGAAGCAAAAGCAAGAUACAGCUGCCAUACAUGGCUUGAGGGUUCAACGCAGAGUCAAAGUUAAAAAAAUAUCAAUAUCAGAAGCUAUUCAUGACAACGGAUUCAUAGGUGCAAAGAUGAUUCGGGCAAUAUUGUUACAUAAAUUUCUGUGGGUAUAUGUUAGUGGUUUGCCAAACGGGUCCAACGACUGUGUCAAAGAAGGGUAGCAUUAUGACAAGAACCUUGAUCAAUCAUGUCUGUUAUUUUCAAUCACAGCAGCUAUAAAGAAAAUGCCUCUUGAACUCUUUCUACAAGUUGUGGGAUCAGCAAAGGUUCAUACCUUGAUAAAAAAGUGUUCUCUUGGAAAAACACUUUCAGAGAUUCCUACCGACAUAUACAAUCAGCUCAUGGAUACUCAUGCCAAGGGCCGACUCUCGCGCCUAAUAAAUAUUUUAGAUAAACUCAAGUUGAUCGGACUUCUAAAUGGAUACAUAGAGGAUUCUAAUGUGCAACCAGAUGAUUUGCCUACUCAUUCGCUGGAGCUCAGGCCUUACAUCGAAGAACCUACUCCAAGGAUCAUUCUGUCAUCACACGUUAAUGGAAACCAUUGUCCAAAAUUUCGACAUGAUUUUCAGCUUUCAAAGCUGGAAUCUGUCGAUACUUACUGGGAAACAUUAAAGUACAGUUAUGUAACAGCAGGCUUGGCUGAGACAAGUGCCUUCCCUGGCUGCUGCAUCCCUGAGGUUUCUCAUCCACGUUCAUGGAGCUCAGUAAGAGUAAUGACUACUGACCAACAUCUGGAAUUACAACAGCGUCUCAUGAAUGAAAGUGAGACGAAGUUUGCCACACGAUUGCAAAGGAGUUGAAUCUCUCUUUGCAGCAGGUGCUAUGUGCUUCCUCCAGGCAGCUUCAUGGACAGGCAAGUAUGUCUGGUACACAGAAUCAGCGAAAAUUUAGUUCUCGAUCAACCUCUCAGAAAAGGAAGCGAUCUGCUAUUGAGAUUAGCAUGAAGUUUAUAAAGCAAAAGGCUGAAGCUAGUGGAUCAGCUGAACAGAGGAAAGAAAUAACAGAUAUAAUCUCUUCAACAUCCACUGAAAGGGGAUUCCCGGAGCAUGCGAAAUUGUCUAGACAUUCCAGUUCAAUCCAUGAAAGUAAAAGCAUGCCAAUUCUCUUCAGAUCUCAUGAAAAUGUCAUUAAAUUCAAUGAAGCUGAGAUUACUAAAAGAGGUGUAUGCAAGUCCUUGGCUAUUUCCAAUGCAUUGGAGCUCCUGAAGGUGUUUUUUCUUAGCUCAUCAUCGGGGUCAGAAGUGCAAGCUACAUUAACAGCAACGUUCCAGCUUUAUUCAGAGCGCGAAAUUUUAACUGCUGUUUCCUUUUUGAGAGAGAAGAAUUUCUUGGUUACUGGAAAUGGAAUGAAACCUGCAACCCUUUCUGGAAAAUUUUUUAUUGACGCUUCUCGUUCACCCUUCCCAUUUGGUUCAGGAAAAAAGGCUUCUGAGUUUUUGAAAUGGCUUAUAGGGCAGCAAAAGAAUACUACAGACAGUACAGUUUAUUUGUAUCCAGAUCUACAAUGUGGGGAAAUUGUUCACCUCUUUUCUUUGGUGUUUUCAGGAGAGCUGCUCAUUUCACCUUCCUUGCCAAGUGAAGGAGUUGGUGAAACUGAUGAGCCUAGCAGCUUCAGACCUUUCAUCAAAGAUUCCAGUGAAUUGGAUGACUGUACUCACAAACGCAAGGCUGUGGAGUUAAUAAGCAGCAAGAGUAAGAAACGCAAACCUUUGCCCAAGAUAGAUACUGACUUCUGCUAUCGUCGAGAGAAAGGUUUCCCUGGUAUCCAAGUGGCUUUGAAUCAAGAGAGGAUUCAAACAAGCAAUCUCAUGCAAGUGUUACAUCAUAAAGAAUGCCUCAUGUUUACUUUAGCCAGGGAAAUGGGCAGCAAGGAUGUUGAUUCUCAGGUAGAAAGGUCUGAAAUGUUAACAGAUUUAAACAACUCAAGUUCAUUUCGCUGUUUAUUAUCUGCAUCUCAUUUGGAGAAUUCUUAUACCGGAUGGCCUUGGGAUGCUAUGAAAAUAUAUGCCGAGCAGUUACCAUCAUUAUCUUGUAGUAUUCUUUCUUCUGAUCUGUUCAGAAAUGCAUUUUGUAUUAUUCACCAAAGUGGUGAACAAGGAAUUAAUUUGAGGGAAAUUUCGCAGGCAUUGCAUCCACUAGGAAUGCAAUAUAUCGAAUUGGUUGUUGAUACCCUUGAAAGAUUUCAGCUGGCCAUUAAGGUAGAGAGGUCAAUGCAUAUGAUGGUGUGCAGAUUGUUGAUUCAUUACAUAAGCCAAAAUAUCAUAUAACCACACUUGCUGAAUACAGUCAAUGCAACUGUUUGUGAGCUCCGGUUUCUGAGACAGAAUCAACUGGGGACACCAGAAAUAUAAUGAAAGAGAAGUAUGCUGUGCCUAUUAAUUUGCAGGAAACUGUAAAAAAGCUUGGUGAUGGACACAUUGUUUCAGUUCUCAAUGUUCAAAGUAAGUCAAGCUCACAUUUGCACAGUCAAAGUCCUGGAGAUGAUGAAGGCACAUCUACUUGGCACUGGGGCAGUGGUUGCUCUCAUGUUUGCAAGAGCCAUAUUUAUCAUCCAAUAUUACCAUGGCUAAAUAGUGAUGGAAGCAUUAAUAGCACUGUCUAUGAAUGUUUAAGUCAUCGGAUUAUUGGAUAUGUCAUGCAGUAUCCUGGAAUUAUGGAGGAGGACGUUAUCAAUUGGUUGGAUGUACUGAAUCCUCAGACAUGCCGGACCUUGCUGGGAAAGCUGACAAUUGAUAAACACCUUUAUGUUCGGGUGUUUGAUGAACCUGUGCCUACUGCUCCGACCACGCUGCAGAAUAUUUUGAGGCAAGGCCACAAUAGAGAACCCUCCAAGUGUGGAAGGCGGUACUUCGCUAAUCCAAUGAGUACAUUUAUGCUGUAGGGCGAUGCAGAUGAUGGCUUGUUCUUUAGUUAUUAGGGAGUAGUGUAAUUAAUUUAAGAUUGUGUAAUGUAACUUGUAUUCUUUCUUUCACACCCGAAAGACCGUCUAAUUUUAACCCUCGACUAAUGAUUAAUCGAAUAACAUGGUUUUUGUUAUAAAAAAUUAUAUUGUUGGAUUCA